AUGCCUCGUGAUCAGUAUCUACGAGCAACGGCUAAUUCGAACGCCUAUAUAUCCGAGCAAAUCCGCAACGAGAUCCAACGAUUCGAAAGUGUUCAUCCAUGUAUCUACACAGUUUAUGACCUUAUCGAGCUGAUUCCAGAUCAAAUGUUGCAAAACCAACUCCGAGAUCAAGUCGUCUGUAUAGAAGGUCAGUCAACCGUUAUUUGUUUUGAUGCACUGAGUUUGCAUGCAUUGCUAUUUCGGAUUUAUUACAGCAGAUAUGCAUGCGCAUUAACUCGUAUGAAUCGAAUCACAGCCGUUGUCUGGUCGUUAUAA